AUGGAUCCUUUCAGCGACAGCGGCGAACUGUAUCAGCUUAGACAGCAAUUCUAUGCUGCCAGGUACAAUGAUCUGGCAAAUGCCAACCUGGAGGACCUGAUUUUCUCCAAUGAGGAGAAUAAAUAUAGAGCAUACCAGCUUCAAAUUAGAUCGCUGUUGGCAUUAGGCAAAUAUGACAAUGCAACAUCCGAAAUAGCUAAGGUUUCAGUCGACGAACCACUAGCAUCCGAGUUUGAAGCCUUGCAAGCUUACAUUGAAUUUUUGAAAAAUGGAAAGACUAAAUCAGAAGACUUGGAAAGCCUCGUCUCUUCCCAUAGCGACAACGAAACGAUUAACCUGCUUGGCGGACUUUAUUACGUGACCUUGGAAGAUUUCGAUUCCGCAAUUUCCUUGUUGUCCUCUUCGCAAGGGUUUGAGAAUAUAUCAUUGCUUGUUUAUGUUCAUCUGUUGCUGAACAAGAACAAAGAAGCAGCAAAGAUCUUGUCCAACUUCAGCCAAAUUUCCCAGGACAACGUUGUGUUCACGCUUUCGCAGUCGUGGUACGACCUGAUCAACUUCGACGAGUCGUUGAAGUCUGCUUACUAUUUUUACGAUGAGUUUUCCUCCAACGAGAACACCGCCAGCACCAAAAAUCUGCUUUGCUUGUUCAUCUCCAACAUGAAACUUUUACAUUUUCCAGAGGCACAGGAUGUUUUGAACAAGAUUGCUGAGCUGGGGGACGAAGGGGUCAAGGAAUGGAACACAGAUCUGUUGAUCAAUAGAAUUGCAUUCGAGAUUCUUCAAGGUAACGAGUACACGGAAUUGCUUGCCGAGUUAAAGAAGACAAGCCCUACUUGCGGUUAUCUUGAGGACUUGAAAGAGAAAAACCAGGUGUUUGACUCAAUUGUCGAAAAAUAUGCUGUUUAA